AUUCCAUUGAACACACAGCCUCUUCCGUGAUAGGAUGCCUUCCAUACCAGAACUACCAUUGGAGAUCUGGUUUCAGAUCUUGAACCAAGCUCUUAAUACGCUCUUGCCAAUGGCUACGACGCCUCAAUACUAUUCAACCUAUAUCUUGCCCUUACUUUUGACUUCGCGUACCUUCCAUGAGCAUUGCCACCCAGUGACAUAUCCACAUUUCCGAAAACAUAAACUCCUUCGACUAUUCACAAAAUGGAAGGCAGCUCACUCCAGAGAGGUUCACUUUUAUCAUCACCCUGUGAGGAACCAUGUCCGGUACGCUUUACCGGAUCGCGUCGGUAACCCCCCUGGUGAAGAAUACGAGACACUUUAUAGUUUCAUCAAACGCGCCUACCUCUUUGGAUGCGAAAGCGUAUGUGGCACAGUGAUUCCGGUCGAGGGUGGCUUGGAAGCUCCUUCCUUGGCACCACCCUCUGCGCCCACUACGGCAGUACCACCGCCAGUCCUCCCGUCUCAAGAGAAUGAUAAUGUAGGAUCCACAAAUCUUGUUACAAAUAACACUAAUCCAAAUAUUGGUAAUGGAUCUAACACUGGGAACGUUGUCAUCGCUCCUCCUCCAGCACAAGCGACUGCACCAGCUGCUACACAUCAAGGUGUUGAGGGUAGUGGACAAAGCUGGAAGAACCAUGCUCUGCAAUGGCAUGUAGCCAACCCAACAUUUGCGGCCGAAGGAACCAUUGAGCUUUAUCGAGAUGUUGUGGAGGACUAUAGACGGGUCGUCUGCGGUAAUAUUGCUGCAAGGGAGAGGAAUCGUGAGAUUGAAGGAGUCAUGGACAUGAUGAAGAACUCGCGCCGAUACUCAGAACAUCGAAAAAAAGAGCUUCAACGACCUCAGCAAGAAGAAACAAGACAUUUGCAGCAGCAACCUUUCGAGACUCAUGAGGUCGAGGGCGAGGAGGAAGAGGCGGGAGAAUAUGAAAUGAUGGAACGAAAUGAGUACGAGCUCUUGUCUGAAAUCGAAGCCAAAGGUGGUCUUCGAAGACGGGACAGUGGACAUGGCCAAUCUUCAUCCGAAAUGGAUGUCGAUGAGGAUGAUUUGGAUGAGGAUUACAUGAUGGCUGUAGAUCAGGAACAAAUGAUAGGUCAUCUUGAACUUGCUCAGUCACGAUCAGUUAUAGGCUAUCGGCUGGAGAACAACACUUGCCAUUAUCAUGGACAGCCAAACCAAAAAAUGGAACGAUCUUUGUCAACUAGUGAACAGGAGCGACCCAUUAUGGAGAUGGCUCCAGACAAAUCUCAUAAUCUUGCGUGCUCUAGAUCACUUUCCUCAUCAUCAACAUCCUCUUCCUCUUCCUCUUCCUCCUCUUCCUCUUCCUCUUCUUCUUCCUCUUCUACCUCUUCUACAUCCCCCUUGUCUUCGUCAACCACCUCAGCAUUGGGUUUCACACGUACAAGUACGUCGUUGAGUUGUCCUACUAGAAAGAACCGUGAGACUGGUGCCCACAGUCGAUCCAGGUCUGCGCUCGCAUGUCUUCAACGUAGCCAUUCCAGUCCAGGCAUAGCGGUUUCUGGCCGAAUGUCCAGUCGAUUUCAAUAUGGUAGUGCAAGAGCACUUGAGAACCUUUCGGCAACACCAUUAGCAAAUGAUUUAUUGAAUCAGUCUUCCAGUAACUUUCCCAAGGCUUCAAGCAGCACCUCGACAUCAUCAUCAACACCAACGACUGCACCAUGGCAGACAUCUCCUCAACAACAAUCACAAUCACGGCCAUUGAGGGCUGAAGACUUGGAUUUUGAUUUAGCUUCAGCUUGCGCCAACACCUUUGCUUCUGAUCUAGCGUUUGUAUUGGCACGUGUUCCUGGAUUGGGUGCACAUUUCCAUCGAUUCGAACAGCUUGCUAAGCUGAAAUUGCAUGUUGGUUGGGCCAAACAUGCACAGAGCCGUGGUGGGAAUGAUGUCUUUGUGAUGAGUUGUUCUCGCUUAAUAAGUCUCCUAGCCCCAUUAGCCAAUACUCCCUUGGUUAGCGAACGUGAACAUAAUAGAGGUUAA